GAAAUUAACAGCAACUCUCAAUUAUUUAACCGAAUUCCCGACGCGAUCUAGGGUUCCUUCUGAAUAAUCAUCCUCUAUGGACGAUCCCACGGAAGCUCCAAAGCUCACCAAUCACCGUCUCAAUGUACCAUCGACAAUGUCUGUUCAAUCACUCACACCGCCGUCGCAUCACAUCAGUCGCAUGAUCAACUCCAAUUACCAACAGUCGCCGUCGCGAACCAUUUACUCUGAUAGGUUUAUCCCCAGCAGAUCCGCCUCAAAUUUCGACCUCUUCAACAUUUCUCAGCCGUCUCCUAACUCUCCGACGCCUGUGGACACUCACAAGGAUGAUAAUUCUGGGACCUACACUGCCCUUCUCCGGGCUGCCCUCUUUGGGCCCGACACACCCCAUAAGAAAGACGUGUCUGGGCCGCCUCUGCGUCGGAAUAUUUUUAAGUUUAAAUCAGAGACUAGGCAGUCUAUGCACUCACUUUCGCCUUUUGGGUUCGAUGAUGACGUGGCAUCCGGGGUCAGUCACAGCCCCGUGAAGUCCCCGAGGAAGGUCCCAAGGUCGCCUUACAAAAUUUUGGAUGCACCAGCUCUGCAAGAUGAUUUUUAUUUGAACUUAGUGGACUGGUCGUCGCAUAAUGUAUUGGCUGUGGGGUUGGGAAAUUGUGUGUAUUUGUGGAAUGCUUGUAGCAGCAAGGUGACAAAACUAUGUGAUUUGGGAGUUGAUGAUAGUGUGUGUUCAGUGGGGUGGGCGCAGCGUGGUACACAUCUUGCUGUUGGAACUAGCCAUGGGAAACUUCAGAUAUGGGAUGCAUCUCGUUGUAAGAGGGUGAGAACUAUGGAGGGACAUCGAUUACGUGUUGGGGCUUUAGCAUGGAGUUCAUGUCUGUUGUCUUCUGGUAGCCGGGAUAAGAGUAUUCUGCAACGAGAUAUAAAUGCUCCAGAGGAUUUUGUCAGUAAACUAUCUGGACACAAGUCAGAGGUGUGUGGGCUGAAGUGGUCUUAUGAUAAUCGUGAACUAGCAUCUGGUGGAAAUGAUAACAGACUUUUUGUUUGGAAUCAACAUUCAACUCAGCCAGUGUUGAAAUACUGUGAGCAUACAGCAGCUGUAAAAGCAAUUGCCUGGUCUCCCCAUCUUCACGGACUUCUUGCCUCUGGGGGUGGUACAGCUGACCGCUGUAUUCGUUUCUGGAAUACAACCACUAAUACACAUUUGAGUUGCAUGGACACAGGCAGUCAGGUAUGCAAUCUUGUGUGGUCUAAGAAUGUCAAUGAGCUUGUCAGCACUCAUGGAUACUCCCAGAACCAGAUAAUUGUUUGGAGAUACCCAACCAUGUCAAAGUUAGCGACUCUCACGGGCCAUACAUACAGAGUUCUUUAUCUUGCUAUCUCACCUGAUGGGCAGACGAUAGUCACUGGAGCAGGAGAUGAAACACUCAGAUUUUGGAAUGUGUUUCCGUCCCCUAAAUCUCAGAACACGGAUAGUGAGAUUGGAGCAUCCUCCUUUGGAAGGACAACGAUUCGGUGACCUCUGCUAACCGUGAGGGUUAAUUGCUCCUCCGACCAGGAUAAAAGACCCCAUCGAUGCGGCCAAUCCCAUGCAUAUUGUGCGCACUCUUCCAAUUCCUUUGCAAUCUUCAGCUAUUUAUCCCACGAGAUCAAAAACAUUUUGCUAUAGAGUCCUGGAGGUUAUGCUUGAACCAAACCCUUGAAUAGCAAAUACUUGCAGGAAUCAAAAGAUGUGAAUACAAACGAUCAAAUAUGUCUAGCUGCUUUCAAGAUGAUGGUUUUGAUUUUUCUUUUACCCAUCUAAAUGAUUUAUUUAUUAGUGUACAGAGGGAACGUUAACAGUUCUUUUUAACGUAUCCCUUGCAUUGUAUAUUUUGAGAGCGAAGCGCAUCGUGGUCAUGUUCCCCAUUUUGGUGUAAGUCUGAAACUUGUUUGUAAAUGAACUACUAUACUCAUAGGGACUAUGACACUAAAUCCUACAAUUUUUGCACCUCUUUA